AUGACGUUCGUUGUAUUUAUGUAUUAAAAUUUUGUAUUAAUUUUAAACCGAUAAACCGAUAAAAAGUUUAAUAUGUGAAAUUAUAUGAAUCAUGUCACAAAGUCAAUUUAAAUUUGAACGUAAAUCGGGCGGUGUAUCAAGAAAAUUAAAACAUGCAGGAAAUGUAUCCAAAAUUCGAGAAUUUGAAUUGGAAAAGAUAGAUUUAGUCGAGACGUUUGAUAUUGUGCAAAUCGUCGGCGAAGGAUGGUUUGGAAAAAUAUUGCUGGUCGAACACCGGGGCACGGAUAACGAGAUGGUGCUCAAAUCACUUCCCAAAAAUUAUACGGCCGUUAAGGAUUUUUAUCGAGAAUUCCAUUUCAGCUAUCACUUGAGUGCACAUCGUAACAUUGUGUCUACGUUUGACGUCGCUUUUCAGACAGCCAGUUUUUAUGUGUUUGCUCAAGAGUACGCGCCUUUGGGUGACCUCACUUCCAAUAUAUCCGACACCGGAAUCGGAGAGUUGCACAGUAAAAGCGUCGCGAAACAGUUGGUUUCUGCGAUCCAGUAUAUUCACAGUUAUGACCUAGUCCACAGAGACAUCAAACUAGACAACAUUUUGGUUUUUAAGAGCGAUUUUUCAAGAAUAAAACUAUGCGACUUUGGCGAGACGAGAAAAAACGGCAGUUGGGUAACCCGUCGAAACGAAUGGAUCCCUUACAUGCCUCCCGAAAUCCUAGCCAUAGACACCGAACACAAAUACAAAGUAGAAACUUCACACGAUGUUUGGCAGUUUGCAGUAGUGCUGUUUGUGUGUUUGACCGGGUGCUUGCCGUGGCAGAAAGCCAGUUCCGAAGAUCCGAGGUUCGUCAGUUAUGUUUAUUGGGUGUCCAGCAACGGCAUAAUGAGCCCGUUCAGGAGGCCUAAACUGUUCAAGAUGUUGACGUCCAAUGCGCAAAGAAUGUUUCGAAAGUUCCUACAACCUAAUGUAUUGACCAGGCCUAGUGUCUUGGACGAAGUACAAAAUUUUAUUGACGAACGGUGGUUAUCCAAAUACAUGUUAGAUAAAAGUAAAGUUUCAGACGAUAUAGAUGAGCUGAGUCCAUCUUUAUACAGUUAUCAAACAGACCACGAAGAAAAUAAGAAAUUCCUGUUGGCAUUUUCUAACUGUGGAAUCGAAACUGUUGUUGUUGAUAGAGCUGCAAAGAAGGAACGUAUCAAACAAUGGAUCCAAUCUAGUGUCAUUGAGGAAGAAGACGAAGAGGAUUCUAGUGAAGGGACUAGCAAAUUGAGUUUAUCCCGUAAAGGUAGUAAUGAUAGCGAAGAAAAUGAAUUAUACGCAUUGACCAAACGCGAAGGAUAAACUUUUAUUUCAGGGUUUCCUACAAAGGUUAAAAUAUAUAUGAGACUGUAUUAAAAUAUAAA